UUGUUGUUGCCUCCCCCCCUCCCUUCCUGUUCCUAACGGGAGAUGCGAGAUCUGUCACGGAUGUGCUGAAGCCUAACUCUCUCUCUGGCCGCCACUGUGAUCAGUAGUCGUGGGAGCUUUUCUGUGAGAAUGGUUGUUAUAUAUCCUUAAACAUCUGCAUUUCAUUAUGCUGGUUGAAAGUUUAACCGCUUUCUGAGCAUUCUAAAAGACUCCUUAUACAUCUUCAAAUCCAUAUUUUACCAAAAAAUGUCACACUUUUAAUAAGUUUAUACAAUAAUUUUGAUCCUUUCACUCGCCGCGAUCGACGGGCUAUUGUGAAUUAAGAUAUCGAAGUAUUGAUCCCUAGUGCUGGUAGAUAUGUCUCGAAUAAUUACUGUUGGUAAACCAUUUUCAUAUGAAUCAUCAUCCCUCAAAACGCCCACUUUUAAAGAAAUAUCUCCAGCACCAUGUUCUUAUGAUAGUACAAAAGAUGAAACUCCACACCCGCCGAUCCUUAUGGAUGAGUUCGGCCAAACACCAGAUCACUAUUACUUGGCUAGAAAACCUCCACCCUCAUUUUUCCAGGUUAAAAGAAAACUUGAUUUGCAUUCUGUGGGAUCUUCUAAAGGUGAAAGUAAACGACCAGCCAAAACCAGACAGAAAAAUAAAGCCACUGUUUCUGAAAAACCUAAAGGUCGAGCUGCUGUUGAGAAACAACGAUAUGAUACAUCUCUAGGACAACUUACAAAAAAAUUUCUGAAAUUAUUAUCUGAUGCUACAGAUGGAAUUCUGAAUUUGAAUACAGCUUGUUCUCUGUUGGCUGUUCCCAAAAGAAGGCUUUAUGACAUUACCAAUGUUCUAGAAGGUGCUGGUUUAAUUCAGAAGAAAUCAAGGAACAACAUUCAGUGGAUGGGUAGAGUUUCUUCACCAUGUGCAAAUGCAGUAAAAUACGAGCUUGAAAGAGAAAUUGAUAUACUCGAAGCCAAAGAGAAUAAACUGGAUGAGCUAAUUUAUUAUAUGAAAUCACAAAUGAAUACUGUUUUAGACGAAGAAGCUAAUUAUCGUUAUGUCACUUGUGAAGAUUUAAAGAAUAUUGAAGAAUUUUCCCAGAAAACUGUAAUAAGUGUUAACACAACUCCUUCUUCUGAGAUUGUUGAGUCAAAUGAGAAAACAUUGGUGAUUAAAAGCAAAUGCACAGAAAUAGAAGCAUAUUUACUUUGCAAUGAUGUUUCACUUGCAAAUCUUAUUCACCCAAAGGCUCUUUUCAAAGAAAAUUCUUAUCAAAUAAAAAUUGAAAACAAUAUUUUAGAAGAUAAUGGACCAGACACAUCCAAUGAGACGUUAUAUUUAAAUGAACAUGAUAUUUUAAUUAGGAAUCCAAUGGAAGUGUAUAAUCCAAUGUGUUCUGGUGCAGUGUGGUCCCAUGGUGAUACUGUUAUUAAAAAUGCAUUCAUUACUGAGGAAGAUGACAUUGCUCCAAUGGGCAAGAAUUUCCUUCUGCAGACUGAAGAUCAAGAUCUUGAUUUACCAUUGUUUUCACUUCUUGAAACACCUAUGGAUAACUAUUCAUUUUCUUUAGAUGAUGGCGAAGGUAUUACAGAUCUGUUUGAUUGUGGUUUUUCAUGUCCUUGAUUUAUGCUUCUGUGCAAAUGGCAUGGAUCAACUCUUGUGUUGAAAGCUUAUUUUAUGAAAGACAUUUCUUUAAUAAAACAUGUUUAAAUUAAAAUAUUAUUACUUUAUGGAAAACUGUUAUGAUUUGUUGCUAUUGCACAUGAUUUUUAAAUAUCAGAUUUUUUAAUUUCUGAAAUUCUCACAAUUAGUUAUUUCUGUAGUACUACCACAUGUAUCAUCUUGUGGAACAAUGCCUAUUUCAGUGUUUGAAAGCAUAUUUUUAAAUAAAUCUGGCCUUUAAAAAUAUUGUUUCAAUCAGUUGUCAAUUGUUGCUUAUAAUAAUUAGUAUGGAUAUUUACUGUUUCAUAGUCUAUUGAGAAUAUGUGCCUUUUCACAAUAUCGAGAUUUUUCAUUAUCUGCAAUAAAAAUAAUUUUUUUAAUUGCAUUGAAAAUGUGCUCUUUCCAUGUUACAACUCAUCAUGUCAUCUUUGUAUAUAAGGUUUUAUGUUAAAAUAAAUGGAGUGUUCAUCAGGUUAAAUGUAUUUUUUGUAAUGUGUUCAAUUUGCCAAAUAUAAGCUACAUAUAGUCUUCAAUAUUAGUUUGUACCUAACUUCCAUCAUUUUAUUAUUUCAUUUAUGCACUGUUAGUACUUCAUGUAAUAUCCAAUACUCAGCACAUCUUAAGCAAUUCAUAGUUUAUAUAUCUUUUUGUAGUAUUGGUGUAUAUUAGGAAAAUACUUCAUAUGCACCUGGAUAUAUGUAUUUUCAUGUAUUCUAGUUAAGUGUUUAACUUUAUUUAUGUACAAAUUUAGAAUUAUGCAUUGUAUUUGAUUUUAUUUUCUUGUAAUAUUUAUGUGAAAUUUUUCUUAUUUAAGGGGUCUUAUAUGCAAUAUUCAUGUAACGAGUUUACCUAUUUCCUCUCUGCUAAGUGUCAAAGAAUUAUUUAGUCUUUUCUUUAUAUACUUCAAAAUUUAAUUUAUAUUUGAAUUAUAACCCUGUUUAAUUUUGAAGAACUAUAUACAUUCAGUUAAAUAAGACAACUGAAAUUUCGUAUUUUAUAUUGCAGUGAUAUAUGUGUGAAAGUACAGUUAACUUUCAGAUUGCAUUGGAUUUUCUUUUUGUUUGUUUAAAUUUUUGCAGAAUGUGAAUAAUUUUGAUCAGUUAUUGGUAUGACCCAAAAAGAAAGAUUGAUGGGGGAAACAUGUUUAUUGAAAAUUCUCUCAAAAUAUUUUUUAUUGAAAUCUUCCCCUUUGGAAUUCGGAAAUUUAAACAUUUCUUACCCCAAAAGAUAUAGGAUAUUAAUUUAAUUGAAAUUUUUAAAAAUAGCACUACAGUUUAAACAAUGAUAUUUUUAUUGAAUUUGUUUUUAAUACUCGGAGACUAUUGUAGUAAUUUUUUUUUAAAUAUGAUGGAAACUGUGUGGAGAAUAGUUUAAAAUUUCCUUUUCUUUAUUUAUAUUUUAGUUGACGCAAUUUAUAACUUAAAGGAGAGUGUUCAGAUUUUUAUUUAUGUAUUUGUUAAAGUUGUAAAAUGUUAAGUGUUUCCUAAUAGUCCAACUAUAAAGUUUGUAUAAUAAUAUUAUAAAUGGUAUAUAAUGCUACUUACAAUAUGCUUACAUGCCAAAGUUACUUUUUAUAAGUCACGUUUGUAAGUUUUCCUGUUUCUCUGACCCUUUCGUGUUGAACUUCUUAAUGAUUUUCAAGUUUUUUACAGAAUAAUUUAAAAUUUGAUAUUAUGAAAUGAUAUUGAUAUACUACUUGUGUAACUGGUAUUCAUAGUGCUUUACAACGCCUGGAACAUAAUGGGUAUUUGUUUAACAGUAUACCCAUAUUUAAUCAGUUGUCCAGUGACUGUAGAGAUACAUAUUCUUACUACUUCAUUAGCAAAUUGUAAUACCCGUUGAUAUAUUCAUUCAUUAUAUUAAUUAUUUUUAUAAGAAUGUAUUGAUAGUGUUGAACAGAUGUUUUCAGCUCUUAGCGACAGCUCUUAAGAUCUGUGAAAGUCAAUUCUUAGUAACUACUUUAAAAAGCGAUUUCAAUACAUUGCAUUCAACUAAUUGAUUCUUCAUUUUAAUGUGAAAUUAAAAAAAAAAAAUAAAUUACUGUAAAUAUUGAAAUUAAUGGUGUCAUGGACAUUUAAUAAAAGUCGUGACUAUUUAAAUGGGGCGUCUUUUAACUAAAUAUUUUAAUUAAUCCUAUUCAAUUAUUAAUUUCAAUUUUUAGAUGAUAUCUAAUAUAGCGUUCCUUCUGCAAGUGGAAUAUUUGUUUUUCUCUUAAGUAUACUAAAUAUUAACUGUAAACAGAAUUCGCUUUCCGUCCGUAUCUGAAAAAUUUAGUGAUAUUUUGGUAAUUUUUAUUUUAUAACUUAAUGUUUGUUUCUGUUUUUGAGCAUUACUUUUCUUUUUUCUUCUUCACAAUAUAUAUACUUAUUAUAUUCUAGUCAUAUGUUUCCGUAGGUUUUUUUUAUUCAUGCCAUUUAAAUAAUUAUAAAAAUUAAUGUUCUUAUUAAAGAUUUACAAAUUUUGUAUCAAGAUAAUUAAAUUAUCUUGCUUAACAAAUAUUGCCUUAUCAAUGAUAAUGCUAUAUUAUUAUUAGUAAUUGUAUGUGAUAUAAAUAUUCCUGUUAUAAAGUAAUUGAAAUCUUAGUUUGCAAUCAAUUCAAGAAGCAAAUAAUUGAACAUUUGUAUACCUAAGACUUAUUUAUUGAAGACUAAAUUAUAGUGUAACUAUUACAUUUUCUGUCAAUCUCUAAUGUAAUAUAUGGGAAGUUAUUGCUAACCAUUGUUAAGAAAGUUAUGGGGGAAAAAACGAGAUUUUUCUUUAUUAUCUGCAUUCAAGCUUUUUCUGUUGAUUAAUUUCUUCGUGUUAUUUAUCCAUAUUUAUGUUUUGAUUGUCCUGAUCAGAUGAGAUAAAUGAAUUGUCAGUAGCUGUUUUAUUUUCGAGUUAUUUUACUUUUCAAAAAUUAAUGGCAAAAUUCUCUGCUAGUAAUACUGAAUUUUCUGAUAGGACAGUAUGAAUACUCAUUUGUAUAGUUUAACCAAGUAUUGAAAUAACCAUCGGGAUGUUAUUAUUCUGUGGAUGCGUUUAAUAAUUUUACUUUAUAAAAUGGAAGGAAACAGCAUAUUAUAUAUAUUUUUUAAUUUUGUAUACUUAAAAAUUCUGAAGGAAGGUAAAUAUAUUACUAUGCUUAUUAUGUGCAAUUGUCCUGAUAUUGGUUCAGCAUAUAUUUGGGUUAAGUGUUUAUGUGUAUUUGCGCUGCAGCUCGAAGGAAAAAAAAAGAGACUCAUUAACUUAUUUUAGUACUUAAAGGAAAUUUCUUGUUGAAACGUCUUUAAAGUUAUCAUAUUUCUAAAAUAAUGGUUUUGUCAUGAAAGCAUCUAAACGUUAAAAUUAGUUGUUUAAAACUUCCGGUGAAAUUUGCUGCAUUACUUCUACAAGAGUAAUUAUAUUUAUUUUCUCUUCCAUGUUCCCGAGUUUUAAGAAUUGACAUUAUUUAUGUGCAAACGGGGCUGUUGCAUUUGUAUUCAUGGUUAUGUGCUCUUUGUGUUUAACAAACAGUCUUAAGUGCAUAGAUUCUUUUGCAGCUUUAUUAUAUUUGAUUUAUUAACAUGAUAAUGAAGUGUUUUUAUGAUUUUUUUUUGUUCUGUUUUAAAUAUUUCCCAAGUAUUGCUAUUUUUCGAUUACACAACCUUCAUUAGUCUGUGGGGUUUCGUUUUGUGUUUGUAAGAGGCAGUAAAUGUCUGCUGAACUUCCAUUUUACUUAUAUGUUAAGUUAUUGUUAUUUGUUAAAAGGUAAAAUAAUUGAAUGUAUUUUGUGUUGAGUGAUUGUUUUGUACAGAUUGUACCAUUCAUGAAUAUUUGUUGCCAUUUUUAUAAUGUAAGUUUUAAUCCUCCAUCAUUUAGCUUUUUCCAAAAGUUUCAUCAUUUAAAAAAAUUUAUGCAAAUGAUUAAUGCGGGUUUUUUAUUGGGAAGAGUAAUUUUAAAAGUUCUGCAAUAUAUAAAAUUGUAUUUUUAAAAUUACUGUAAGGAAUGGAACCAUUUUUUACAAUAAAAAUCUGUUAUUCAUAUUGACUGUUUCCUUUGUUCUCACAACUAUUUUUUUACUCUGUACAUAUUACAUUGUAUUUUAGGGUGGUGGGUAGGUGAUUUUUGCCACUUUAAAAUUGAAAGUUUAAUUUGAAUUUUAUUGCUUGAAGAUAAUCAUGUUCUGAUUUCUUUUUAGAAGCAAAUAAUUGAUAUUGUUUUCUUAAAUGUGUUAGUUAUAAGCAAUAUGUUCACAAGGAGGAGAAAUUAAUACAUUUAACUAUUGCAUUUACAUUUUUUUUCCAAGU